GUAAAUAACAAGAGUUCCGAAUGGUCCGAUGCUUUAUGGAGAGUUCAACUUAUUUUGAAUAUGACUAAAAGCGCUACAACACAGUUAUCGCCGUUACAAUUACUAGUAGGCAUUGAUGCAACGACCCCUGUCUUACGCUCGCUAGUACGCGACAUCGCACUUAGUAAUUCGAACGCAAAUCGUGAGGCCUUAGUUUCCCUGAGAAGGCAACGAGCGAAUGAACUUUUAGCUGCCAAUCAAAGACGACAGAACGAGACGGUGAACGAGGGUCGUAGACCGCCGCGUGCUUAUAAAGUUGGAGGUCUUGCUUUUGUCAUUAAGAGCAGUCAGAGAACUGGAAAGUUCGAUUCUGGGAUGAGAGGUCCAUAUAAAGUUAUAACAGUUCUUCCUCACGACCGAUAUGAGCUUGAAUUACUGUCUGGUUCGUACGGCAAGCGCACUCAGGCAGCUUCUGAGUAUAUGGUACCUUGGCGCGGCGAGUGGACACCAGAGGCGUGUUCGGCUUUCUUUGAAACUGACGAGCGACCUGACGAGACUGACUACUCUCCUGAAAGGCAAAUAGCUGAGCAUCCUCCUGAAGAACAAGCAGACGAGGACGUCUCGCAGUCAGGAACGGCCGUAUUAGCGGGAAGCUCAGGAGGCGGGACUUAAAGGUGGCGUGAUUUCCCACUCCACCCCACUCCGAGCUGCAGCGAGGAGAAUAGCGAACAGAACAACGGACGACCAUUCUGGCGCGACGCUUAGUAGGCUUCGGAUCUAAACUAUUAGUGAAAUAUUCGUGAUAGCUUAAAUAUUUUAUUCUGUAAAUCUUGUAAAAUAAAGUUAGGUUGAUUAUU